AUGGUGAAGUUUGUUGUGGAACGGAGCAGUACGGCAUUCGGACGUUUAGGUUUGAUCACGGCUUGGGGUGACAAGCCGAUAGAGCAUCGAACUCCUUCGUGUAUGUUAUACACCCGAUGUGGACACAUACCUCAUCUGACAUGGGAUGUUGUGAACGAUUGGCUGCAUCUCGCACAGCCACCCAUAUAUCAACUGACUCUGCCUUCAUUUUAUGAAUCUCUGUCGGUGAUCGAAAAAUUCGGUAAAGGUUAUGCGGCUUUCUCUGCAAUGCCCAAGAACGCUCCAACACAUUUGUCGAUUACGGAUCCGAUUGGUCAGAUGGAAUCAGGUUUCAACGAUAAUCGUUCGGUAUCGAUCUGGACGAAAGCCGGUCGACGAAACAUCAAUGUGAAGAUGUUGCGCGGAAUAGUGGCCGCCUGUCGGCCGAGCUCCACGGAAACUCUGCUUGACUGUGACACGCCACGGGAGUGUGCCAAUAAACGACUCACAAAGUCGGUGAAUCGAACCGUUCAGUUCUAUAAGGAACUGUUCGAGUAUGAUAAACCGUUAGAAAUUCCAACGUUCGUCUCAUUGGGUGGUGGCUUCAGUGCGUUUCAUCGUGAACGCUCAGCUAUCGAACUGGUACAAAGCAAGCAACGACAACAACAACAAUCAGAAGAUGCGAAGGAAGGACAGGAGUCAACCACGAGCGAUCAAAAUAUGCCCACAGCGGCAGCGUUUGCCAUCGAUUUGAUGCACUUUGCAGAACGACCCGUCAGCAAGUCGAAACGAAUUGCGGAACGAAAAGCCGCAAAACGCAAGUCAUCAAUUACAAGCGACUCGUUAAAGAACUCACCACCGCCAUCAUCCAGAAACGAUUCUCUCCCGCAGUCCAGUAAACGAGAAACAGACGGAUCAACUAAACCGUCAAAUGAAACGCCCGUAGCGACGAUGCAAUGUUCGCAAAAGAAUUUAGUACCUAAAGCAAGCGAUCAUUGUGGUGUGGAACCUCAAACACAACAGCCAGAAUCUGAAGUCGUUGAAGACAGCGUUCCAGCGGAACGGAGCGGCUCUCCAGAAUCACCCGUUCACCUCGACAAACAAGAGCAACAACCAUUGGUUAAAAGAUUCGAUGAGAUGGAAAUCGAGAAACUUUUAAGACGAGUUUUCUCUCAUAUUCCAUCAACACAUCUACGAUACACAAGCGGUGCCUUUUCACCUGCUGAGGUGAUUGCGUUGAGCCGUAUCGGUAUCGAUCUGUUCGAUUCAUCCUAUGCAAUCAUGUUAGCCGAGCGUGGCGAAAUGCUGAAGCUUGGACCGAAAUUCCCCGACGAUCCCACUUUCAUAGUGCUCAAUUUCAGUGAUAAGAAAUUCGCCGACGAUUUUAGUCGUCCGUUUGCAGACGACUGCAAUUGCUAUACAUGUGCGAAUUAUACGAAAGGCUAUCUUCAGCAUUUGCAUAAUACCAAUGAAAUGCUUGGAUCGAUUCUGCUUGUGAUCCAUAAUAUCCAGGAAUAUGAACGAAUGUUCAGUCUGAUAAGAAAGAGAAUCGAAGUUACAUCACAACUGGAUUAG